AUGGAGAUGCAGGAGCGGGUGCAGCCGCUGGAGCUCGAAGCCUCCUGGCCCCGGCCUUGGGCACCUUCCCUCGGCUCCUCUUCCUGCCUUUGUGACGGUGGCCUUGUAGGCGAACGUCGGCAGGAGCCGGGGCCGGGGCUUUGUCCUGCAUUUCCCCUGACUCUGGGAGGAGACGGGCUGGGGGCCUGGCAGCCACCCCACCCACAGCCACCCCUCCUGCAGGAGAAACGGGGCCAGCCCUGCCCAGACACAGGCAACAAGGACGCCCGGGGGCACCUGCGACAAGGACGCCCGGGGGCACCUGCGACAAGGACGCCCGGGGGCACCUGCGACAAGGACGCCCGGGGGCACCUGCGACAAGGACGCCCGGGGGCACCUGCGACAAGGACGCCCGGGGGCACCUGCGACAAGGACGCCCGGGGGCACCUGCGACAAGGACGCCCGGGGGCACCUGCGACAAGGACGCCCGGGGGCACCUGCGACAAGGACGCCCGGGGGCACCUGCGACAAGGACGCCCGGGGGCACCUGCGACAAGGACGCCCGGGGGCACCUGCGACAAGGACGCCCGGGGGCACCUGAGACAAGGACGCCCGGGGGCACCUGCGCCAAGGACGCCCGGGGGCACCUGCGCCAAGGACGCCCGGGGGCACCUGAGACAAGGACACCUGGUGGAGAGAAAUGGAGAGUUCCAAGGCCAUGGGAUCCCGAUGGAAUCCCUACCCCCAGCAGCCCUGACCUUAAUUUCUGGAGAAAACUGGAGUUUUCUCUUGCACAGAGCCGCAGGGAUGGGGAUCUCUGAGCUGGGUCUGGGUCUGACCUCCACGGCCUCGGGUUUGCCCCCUCUGGAAAACGAGAGGUCCGUGCCCUCAGACGAGCCCACGCCACAAAGCCCAUGUCAGCUUUCCAGCCUCUACCUUAGCGCCGUGAGGAAGGCCCUGCGCAGUCCUGCCCAGCCCCGGAGCCUCUGCCCUCCCCACAACAGGGCCUCUGUCGGUUUCCUGGCUGAGGACCAGGCUGCCUCGCCCGCUGUCACCCCUCCCCCUGGCUGCACGGCCGGUCACGCAUCCCUGGUGCGGUACUGCAGGGGUUGCCCCAGCUGUCCAGGCCCCUGGGUCCCUCACCUCUGUGGGGGGUGGCUGGGCUUUGGGGCGCAGCAUCCCCGGAGGAAGAGCUGCUUCCAGCCACCUCGGCCACCAGGCUCCAGCACCGGGCCCCCCCUUCCGUUAUUGGCCACCAGGCUCCAGCACCACGGUCCCCCCUUCCGUUAUUGGCCACCAGGCUCCAGCACCGCGGUCCCCCCUUCCGUUAUUGGCCACCAGGCUCCAGCACCGCGGUCCCCCCUUCCGUUAUUGGCCACCAGGCUCCAGCACCACGGUCCCCCCUUCCGUUAUUGGCCACCAGGCUCCAGCACCGGGCCGCCCCUUCCGUUAUUGGCCACCAGGCUCCAGCACCGCACCCCCCCUUCCGUUAUUGGCCACCAGGCUCCAGCACCGCGGUCCCCCCUUCCGUUAUUGGCCACCAGGCUCCAGCACCGCGGUCCCCCCUUCCGUUAUUGGCCACCAGGCUCCAGCACCGGGCCCCCCUUCCGUUAUUGGCCACCAGGCUCCAGCACCGGCCCCCCCUUCCGUUAUUGGCCACCAGGCUCCAGCACCGCGGUCCCCCCUUCCGUUAUUGGCCACCAGGCUCCAGCACUGAGGCCCCCCCUUCCGUUAUUGGCCACCAGGCUCCAGCACCGGCCCCCCCUUCCGUUAUUGGCCACCAGGCUCCAGCACCGGCCCCCCCUUCCGUUAUUGGCCACCAGGCUCCAGCACCGCGGUCCCCCCUUCCGUUAUUGGCCACCAGGCUCCAGCACCGGGCCGCCCCUUCCGUUAUUGGCCACCAGGCUCCAGCACCGCACCCCCCCUUCCGUUAUUGGCCACCAGGCUCCAGCACCGGGCCCCCCUUCCGUUAUUGCCCCCCAGGAGCGGGGUCCCCGGCGGGGGAAGCUUCCUUCUACAGGUGAAUUGUGGGCCUCUUCCCCCAGCUCCCAUCGGGCUGCACCCAUUCAGGAGCCCUUUGCUGACGGUAUCCGAGCUGGGGCCCUGCCCCGGGCUCAGCGCCUGAGACUGCGGAGGGGAGUCGGGAGGCUUUGGGGUCACCAGCCCGACCACCUCGAGUUACAGCCGAGCAAACUGAGGCUGAGAGUCGGGCGAGCGCCGGGCCUCGGCCUCUCCCCGCUCGGCUUCUCGGGGCGUUCACGGCUUGGCUUUAGACGUCUUGGGGAUGGCGGGAUCUCAGAGCCGGAAGGACGGGCUGCCUCCUCCGCGGACCCCAGCAAUGCGGCCAUGGCGGGGAGCUCACUACCUCGCGAGCCGCUCCGAUGGGUCCCCCGGCGGAGGCUUUUGGCCUUUUCCAAGCAGGGCAGCCAGGGGGAGCCAGAGAGCAGCUCCCCGACCCUGGGGGACUCUGGGCGGCUCACGGCCCGCGCCCGCCUCGGGGGUCUCACGGCGGGAGGCAGGUCCCCGGCUGCCACCCUGGUGCCCUUGGGUGUCUGGGGUGCUCCCCAGGGCGAGGAUCGGCCCAGGCCCGUUGGGGAGACUCCGCAGCCUCGGCCCGGACGGGUCCCAAGCUGCCAAGCUGAGCAGCAGCCGGCAGAGAGCCUGUGUCUGCAUGUCCUCCUCCCUCCCCCGCCCGGCUCUCAUGCCCCGGGGCCGGGCUCAGCCCUCCCCACCACGGCUUCUCUUCCAGGAAGGGCCCAGUCAGGGCCGACAAAGCUCUUUCCAGAGCCACAAAGCGGGGACGGGCCCUGUCACCCCGCAAGCUCCCGGGCGGGCGGCGCCUCUCCCGGGGGCGCUGUCCGGGCCACGCGGCCCUCGGGGCCCAGCCCCGUCUCUCAGAACCCCCGCCUGGAUGUGAGCCUUCCCCCAGUCCCCGUCGCUGACCCCCGUCUCCCAGGAAUCUGGGGCCUUUUUGUGUCCAGCAACAGCCCGCACCUGGCUCAGAAUCCCCGCGGCCAACAGGCGGCCUGCGCGGCCGGGAGCCCCUCCCUGCCCCCUCCCUGGUCUCCCCGCUGCCCCGAAGCUCUGCUCCUCCCCGGGCCUCCGCCCACCCGCCCGCCGCCCGCCGGAGCUGUUGGGACUUGCUGGGCCGCUGGGCCCGAGCCCCCGGAGAGUGCCAAGGAGGGGAGGACGGACGCGCAGCGCCCUCGGGACCUCUCCCCAGCCCGGAGGACCGAGUGGUCCCGCGGCCCGCCUCUCCCCAGCCCGGAGUACGGACUGGUCCCGCGGCCGGCCUCUCCCCAGCCCGGAGCACCGAGCGGUCCCGCGGCCGGCCUCUCCCCAGCCCAGAGGACCCAGCGGUCCGCGGCCGGCCUCUCGCGGGUCAAGCGACACGGAAGCUCGAGAUGGAAUCGGCGCCUUUCAGAGCGGGGCCCGGAGAUCAUUCGGUGCAAUCGGUGGUUGAACCGCAAUCCCCCUUCCUGGUGGCCAUCAGCCUCCCUGACACCUGCAGGGACGGAGAGCUCCCCCCCCCAGCAAACCCCCAGCCCGCAGCGGCUCUCCCUCAUCUGCCCCUGA